AGCCCCCCCAGUGACCAACGAGGAGCUCCUGCUCAGCUGUGGGUUCCUGCUCUGUCAGGGUCAGGUGUCCCGCAUGGACCUGGUGUCGGUCCACCUGUCCUCCGGCCCUCGUCUCUUCUCCUUCCUKUCUCUGGCCUGGGGCUUCGUGGCGGACGUGGACGUAGAGAGCGAGAAGUACCGUCACCUGGGAGCGGCCCGCUUCACUGUGGGCACGCUGGUGAGGCUGGCGUCUCUGCGCGUUUAUAAAGGGAGGCUGGCUUACCUGCCCGCCAGUGGGGAGCCCUCUGACCUCCAGCUGCCCCCUCUGGACCAGCCGGUCUCCGGCGACUGGGUGGUGGUCCCGGAGGAAGACUUUGUCCUCGUGUUGGCCAUGUACCAAUCCCACCUGGCGGAGGACCUCUUGGCGGCRCCGGGCGCCCGGCCGGAUGACGGUGUCAUUCACCUUUUCUACGUCAAAGCGGGGAUAUCUCGCGCCGCGCUGCUCAGGCUGUUCCUGGCCAUGGAGAAGGGCACGCACCUGGACACCAACUGCCAGCACCUGGUGCACGCCAAGGUGCGGGCACUCCGGCUGGAGCCCAGAUCCCCCGAGGGGAUCAUCACGGUUGACGGGGAGGUGGUGGAGCACGGCCCGCUGCAGGCGGAGGUGCAGAGGGGCCGGGCGAGGAUAAUCAGCGGAUGAGAUGAUGUAAUGCCACUGCUGUUAGAAGCUGUUUGUUUCCUUAACUAAAGUCUGCAGGCACACGAGUAGGAUGUUUGACUCUUUCUGCCCAAAGAAAAUCCUGUUUCAUCUAAAGAGGCUGUGAUGUCAGAAUGAGGCGUAAACUUAUGAUCAGACUUGUGUUUUUAUAGAUUAAACAGACACAUUUAGAUCUGCUCCAACACCAACCUGAGCAAAGAUCCUGGUGAGCGUCAGAGUCCUAGUCCAGAUCCAGUAACGUGAACUGGACCCAAACUCCUCUGAUGAAAGAAUAUUUGAUUUUGAACACUCUGAUGUUUAAGUCAGUUUUUCUACAAACAUGUUUGAUGAUCUGAUGAUGAGUCAGAGCUUCUGUUAGAUCUUAACCAGCAGCAGAGGAUCAGUUUGUAGCUUUUCAGCUGGUCAGUGUGUGUGUGUGUGUGUGUGUGUGUGUGUUUUAUAACCUAAAGAGCCUAAAAAGUCUUUCAGUGGAUGAGGAGUGAUGUGACGACUUCCCUCUUCGUGCCGCAGCAGCAAAACAUCAUUAAAAAUGUCAUUUAAUAUUUAUUGUUGCAUAUCAGCGUGUGUGCAGCGUCUGAUCGGAGGCUUUURUUGUUGCACAGUUUCGCUUCGAGGUUCCGACUGUUGUGUGUUUGAUUUAAAAAAAAAAGCAUCCUGAUCUCAGAAUCCUCACCGUCAGAUUACUGACGUGUUUGGCGCUUCAACAGUUCUCUGGGCUGCAGGAAACACAAACACUCACAGUUCAACUGAAGAUUUUUCCMGUUUUUCCUCACACUCGUCUCUGAUGGUCAGACAGAUGAGAUCCUGUCUUUGUAGAAGCUCUGCUCAUGUUGAAAGUUAYAGUUUGCACACAAAUAUCAAAGCCGCCUGCAGAUUUUUUCCCUCAGCUGGAGCAACUGAUUUGCUCGUAGUUGGGCUGCGAAGUACAAAGAGAGAAAGUGGAACAGCAAAGAAGAGUGUGCUGCAGAUAAAAAUCCUCUCUGAACACUUGAACUGAGCCGACGGGCUUUUAAACCAACAAAUCUUCUAAUCCAGCUCGUGUCGAACCUUAAAACCAGCAGCUUUGCUUUGUUGAAUCAGGACAGAAAAUCUGAACUGAUUGGAGUGAAGUUUGUAGUUUUUGACCCAACAAAGAUCCAGUCGGGACCUGCAGCAAGUUCUGCGUGGCUUUAAAUAAAUGAAUCUCCAUUUGUUCAUUUUAUCUCCGCAGACAUGAAAAACCAACAAAAAUCAAUCCUAUUAUUUAACCAGACCAACACGGUGACUGAUCAAACAUUUUAAAAGAUUCAUUACAAGGUUUGAUGUAUUAAAAAGUGAGAAAUCACUGAGGGAAACAAACAAAACUAAAUGAAAGUUUUCAUCGCCCCCAUUACCUUUUGUCUUUUUGGCUGCUGCAUCCUCCCUUCAUCCCUCGGUGCUUCCCAGCAUCUCCUGCUUCCAGUGUGUUCUGCAGCACAGCUUUCAUCUCUCACACACUGACCUUCAUCACCAAGGUGUCCUUAACGUGGCGCUUUAGAAGAAAGCUAAGGCUUCUUUUAGGCAAGAGAGGCUGAAAUGUUUUKUUUUUUUUUUGUGAAAAUGAGCACAGAGGAGCUUUAAACAGGGGGUGGGGGUUAAAACGAGUGGUAAGAGGAAGGGGGGAGGGGAAGUAUCGAUGUGUUAAAUGCUGCAUGAGGUGGUGGAAUUGUGUUCCUGCCCUCCUUCCUCUUCAUCAUCUCAGUGUGUGAACCUGAAGGAUGACACAAACUGAGGAGGAGGAAGGCUGACGGGAACACGAGUUAAAGAAAAUAUUACGUUAAAAAAAGGGGAUUUAAAGCAAGGAUGUGCCUCGAGUCACAACAAACACGCAGAUAUUGAAAUUUAUUUACAUGAUGCAAUGACUACUUGACUGUUUUGAGACCAAAUGUAGUUUUUCGUAAGGAAAAAUGUUCUGAAGGUUUAAUGAUGCCUGGGGAUCAUUUAGAUUACACAAGAAGGAUGCUGCUGCAAAACCUGAAACCAGUCUCUGCAGGACUCCCUGUCCAAAGAGGAAAACAAACACAUCAGCAAAAUAAAACCGUUUUCUCACCAGUAAUUUAAAAAAUCCUCCUGGUUUAAAAAGUGAUGUAUAAAACUAAGCAGCUCAUGUUUCUGUUUGUUUUGAUGCAGGCUCAGAUGUUUGUGUGAUGUGCCUUGAAUCUGCUGCCACCUGCUGGUUAACAUAUGCCACUGCAUCUCGUUAGCUCUACCACCUGCUGGUUUUAUUAUUAAACUAUCAAUACUGGAGAACAUUUUCAAUUGGAGUGACCAGAUUUGCUGUCAGGCUUCUGUCUGUGCUGUUGUGGCAUAUUUCUGGUGGUACAGCAUCCAAAUAUUCAUUUUAUUGGGUCAUGUGUAAAAGUAUCUGGUUUUAGGAUGAAACCAAACAUUUUCUAAGUCAGAAAGGGACUGAAAAUUACUUCAUAUUCAUCUGUAUUUCUGUUUAAGCUUGAAGAGAAACUUGUUUCUCAAACUUUUCUGCAACACCGACAGUUGAAUGAUUUUUUUCUAUCAAAAGAGAUCUAUUUUUUUGAUUUAGAGAAAUAUCUGUAGUUUUUCUUUUUUUUUUAACGAUUGAAUCAAACAUUCUGCUUGAGUGUAUUUAAAACUAAUAAAUGAUGAACCAACC